GAAGGAUCUUAUUGUAUGGCUAGUACUGGAUAUGAACAUGAACCAUCACUGUAUACAAGGACAUGCUGCAACAGCAGUAACUUAGGAGAGGCUUUUUCUAUCCAAGAAACUGGCAAAAGACAAUAUAUUCUUUGUCCUAAUGUAUACCCAAAGUCAUGUCCAAAAGGUACUGCAAUAAUAGUAGAAGUGUUUAAUUCUUGUAUUAUAGAUAUCAGUGACUGUAAGAGCUUGUUUGAGGAUGGUAAUACUACAAGUGGUGUUUAUACUGUUAAUCCUGAUGGAGGGACUCCAUUUGAAGUAUACUGUGAUAUGGAGACUGAUGGUGGUGGAUGGACUGUAUUUCAGAGGAGACAAGAUGGAUCUGUUGAUUUCUAUAGGAACUGGACUGACUAUGAGAAUGGAUUUGGUAACCUUACUGGUGAGUUUUGGUUAGGAUUGAGCAAGAUUCAUCGUCUUACUAAAGAAGGAUCAAACACACUAAGAGUGGACCUGGAAGACUUUGAGGGGAACACAAGUUUUGCUAGUUACUCUACAUUCAGUGUUAGUGAUGGUAGUACUGAAUAUAUACUAACAGUAGGAGGAUACUCUGGUACUGCUGGGGAUAGUCUGAUCAUCCAACAUAAUGGAAUGAAAUUCACUACAAGAGAUAAUGAUAAUGAUUUCAGGCCAAAUCGUAACUGUGCCUACUAUCGCAAGGGUGCCUGGUGGUAUAAAAAAUGUGCUUCUUCAAAUCUUAAUGGUCAUUAUUUUAAUACUGCAACUAAUGAUUAUAAAGGAAUUGUGUGGUGGAGUUGGAAAAGGGCACACAUUAGCCUCAAGUUCUCAGAGAUGAAAACUCGUCGUAACAAUUAAAUACUGUCCCCCACACACAUAAGUGUGUUUACAUUGUGCUGAUAUAUUAU